AUGACCACACAAAACUCAGAGUUUCUUCCGGAGUCAGCAGGCUGGCAACAAGAGGUGGAAAAGAUGUCAUCUACGGCAAAGAACAGCACCAAGUCUGGUGGCAAGAAAAAUGCUUCUCCAGUCAUGCGCGUUUCUCCAGAGUUCAACUCUCUCUGUCAAGCGCAAUUUGAAGUUCUUUCUUGUAUCCUUGGGGCCUCCAAGUGUGUCCUCUACUUCCGCAGAGAAGAUGCCAAGACAGGUCAGCUUGAUUUCGUGCCAGCAGCGGUCUACCCCGAGAAGCAGCGUGUCUGGGUUGUUGGUGAGGGUCCAGCUGGUCUGCCAGCUUCCGGGCCGAUCGAGCUUCCUGGCUUCUUCUCUGCCAACUCCAUGUUUCCAGAGUAUCCUUUCAUCAAGCGACAGAGCUCUGGGAUUGCAACCAUUUCGCUCGCUGACGGAGGAAUUUCGCUUCCUCUUGAGUAUGGAUCCGUUGUACUUGGCACGAUUGCUGUCUGGCGAGAGAACCAGAAAGAAUGGCAGGAUACAGAGCUGAAGCAGCUCGAAGCCAUUGCUCGCUCGUUAGCUGUAGCUGUCAUAUUGGAUCAGAAACAUCAAUGGCAGGCAAAUAAACUGGAUCGUUACCGUCAAGUUUUUGAAGUGGAGGAUGGCAGGAAGCGCGCUAAGAAGGAAGACGCGAGGAGGAGCAUGAUGUCGAGCAUGGUGAUACUUGACGAUGAUGAGUUGGAUGAAUUAGUCGGAGGCCCAACAGCAGCAGAAAGAAUGCAGAUUGAAUCGCUCGACCGCUCCUUGGAUAACGCAAUGGAAGAGAUGAGAAAGGGGAAAAAGGAAUCGGGCGAGAGCAAGAGCAAGAGCAAGAGCACGUCAACCAAACUCUGUAUCCUUGAAGAAGUUCUCGCUCCCAUCAUGAGCGCGAGUCAGGCAAGUAGGCAUGCUGUGAAGCCGAAAGAGGUGAAAAUGUCGCAGGCAAUCGCGGAGUUUGAGGAUAUCAAGUUUACCUGCGAGUUCGGGGAUGAAUUGCCUCGCGUCCGAAUCAAUCAAAGAGCGUUGCAGGCAAGCAAGAAAAGAGGGCGACAACGAAGAUUGAAAGAGUGUGAAUUGUGUCAUGGAUUGCAGGAGGCUGUGAGCAAUAUUCUAGACAAUGCACUCAAGUAUGUGCUGCUGAAAGAGUUCAAGAGGAGGAAGAAGCCCUUUGUAUCUUUAAGUGUUCAAAAAGAUGAUAGUGGCCAGAAGAACGAAAGUUUCCUGCAGAUCAUCAUCGAGGACAACGGUAAUGGCGUCCAACCUCACGAACUUCUGCGCAUCUGCGAGGAGGGGUACAGGGGAAAGGAUGUUGACAACAUUCCCGGCACCGGACUUGGGCUGCAUAUCGCCAAGGAUCUGAUAAGCCAAAUGAAUGGAAAGAUGUCCAUAGAGAACAUAGAGCAAGGUUCGUUGCUCCCAUCCGUGUUUGUAUGUUUGUAUCAUCAUCCGGCUGACAAGUGGUUCAGGAGGCGGACUGCGAGUGAGAAUCUUCCUGCCGACAGAGACAAAGAGAAUUCGCAGAAAGCGCAAACCUCCAAGUGA